AUGCAUUGGCAUGGAAGUGGAUGCAGAUGCAGAUGCGUUGUCCUCCAGCAUCUGGCAUCUGCAUCAUCAUCAUCCAAGUUUCUUAUCCUGCCCGCUGGCUGCGCGCUGGCUGUCCGCUGCAAGGCCUCUUUGCUUGCCUGGUUGGCAGCUGCUGCCCAAGGUCCAAGGUCCAAGGUCCAAGGUCCAAGGUCCAAGGCCCAGGGCGGCUGGCAAGUUGGUGAGGGCGGAAAAUCCUUUGACCGAGACCGAGACCCAGACCGAGAUCAACAUGUUGGAGGUCCAGGUCCAGGUCCUGCGCUAAACAUGGCGCUAGAGGACUUUCAGCCUAGCGGUACAAAUUACUCGCAAGACGUUGAAAACUCCGAUCUUGACUUGUUUCUCGUUUCUCUCUCUCUCAACAUGCCUCCCACCUCUUCAACUCCAACCACCAUGGCGGACCAGGAUCUCUCUGACGAGCAGGUGAAGCAAUUGCUCAAGGGAGCCGAGCAACGCUUGAGGAACAAAGGGAAGCAGCUUCUACUCCCCUCCAACUCUUCUCUGCAAUCAAGUCUGCCCAGCAUUCAUGUCGAGAAGUCAGUGCAGCCGUACAUCAAGGCGACCGAUCAUGGGCCUCAAGUGGAUCGCUCCCACCUUGUGACAGAACAGCAGCGCAAGCUUGCAAAUGGCAUCCGCGUUGUCGAAGAUCCUAUUGCUAUCAAGAAACGUACUGAAGAGAAAGCCACUGCCGGUGCUGACUGGUUCAACAUGCCCCGCACCAAUCUGACGCCUGAACUCAAGCGCGACCUACAGUUACUGAGGAUGCGAGAUGUGCUUGAUCCUAAGAGACAUUACAAAAAGGAGAAUCGGAAGCAAGCUGUUCCGGAGUACUCUCAAGUCGGCACGAUCAUCGAGGGACCCACUGAGUACUUCAGCUCGAGGUUAACAAACAAAGAUCGCAAGAGAACAUUGGUUGAAGAGGUCUUGGCUGGGGAGAAGGCUUCUGGUCGAUUCAAGAGCAAAUACAAUGAAAUUCAGCAAGCGAAGACCAGUGGGAAGAAGGCGCAUUACAAGAAAUUGAGGGAUGCCAGGAAGAAGGGUGUUCUGAAGCGCUGA